CGCGCCGGUUCCGCGAUGUUCCAGGUCAUCCGGCUGGGGGCCACCCCUGUCAGCCUGGGCUUGCUCUCCAUCCAGGUUUAUGCUUCCUCUUCAGAGAAGGAAACUUCCAAAAAGGAGUUGCUGAAAAUUGAUGAUCUGUCGCUCUACUCCUCUCCAGCUCGUGAGACUAAAUAUGUGGAAAAGCCACAAACGCCACUGGAAGAAGGGGUUUCACAUUUGCGGCAUCUGAUGGAGCCAUACACAGCCUGGUGUCAGGAUCUUUAUGCUAAAACUAUGCCAAAAUUAGAAAAAGCUGUUGAGCGUGGUAAAGAGGGCUGUGAAUUUCUCCAAAAUCCCCCUCCUGGCUUUUAUCCAAGGCUUGGGGUGGUCGGUUUUGCAGGGAUUGUUGGAUUGUUUCUUGCUAGAGGUUCAAAAAUAAAGAAAGUGGUGUAUCCUGCAGGUUUCAUGGGAAUUGGUGCCUCCCUGUAUUAUCCGCAGCAAGCCGUUGCUAUUGCAAAGGUUGCUGGUACGCAGCUGUAUGACUGGAGUCUACAGGGAUAUAUUGCUGUAGAAUCUCUCUGGAAGGAUAAUCCUAAAAAGAAGAAAUCUGUGAAAAAAAAUGAUAAGGGUGAUGCAGAUGGUGACAAGCCCCUAGAAGUCGACACGGUUUCAAAUAAGGAAUGAGCCCAGAAGCAGAACACCAAAUCACUUGCCAUCAAACAGGAAAGACUGACGGGAGCCGAUGUCUUCUGCAGGGAGGGAGUCUCUGCGGGGGCCCUGCGCACUCUGUGUCACCGUGAGACCUUGUCCUCAAUUCUGCUGUGGGACUCAGUGGGGCCUACUGCAAGGAGGAAGUCAGCAAG